AUUCUCUCCUCUAACGAAGGCCAGCGAUCGGCCUGAUCUAAACCACUGCUGUGUUUGUUAGGGUUCGAACCCAUGUUGAACUCGAAUGCAGAAGGUCACAGAUAUAACAGUAGAUCAGCCACGACCCAAGUAUAAAUGUAUACAAAGACGCCGGCGCAAUGAAAUCACAAAUCAACGCCGUAGACAACCCAAAAGGUCCGAGUUCAACGCCAGCCAAGGCCAAGAAACUGACCAAGCCAAACUCGGCCACCAAGGGGAAAGCCAAGCGCCCUGCCAGUACUAAGGAGGAUUCGAACCUCAGCAACAGUAAGUCCACCGCCUCGACUGUUGAUGGGAACGAGGCUGGAUUUAAACAUGAAAAUGGCGGGGGUGAGGAGGCCUGGGAGGACACCGGAAGUAGUGGGGCGGACCACGAGGUUCAGGACAAGGAGAAGCUGGUCAAGGUCCUGUCGGGGAGCUUGGAGGACCUCCCGCCGCUCAGCUCAAAGAUCGUCAGGAUCUUUACAAGCUCUACCUUCACAGACACAACACUUGAGCGUAAUAAUCUGAUGGAGAAAGUCUACCCCAGGCUGAAGGACUACUGCAGGGAAAAACAUGGACUCGAGUUUCAGGUUGUGGACAUGAGGUGGGGUGUGAGGGACGAGGCCACGGACGAUCACAUGACCACCAACCUGUGCAUGCAGGAGAUAGAGAACUGCCAGCGAGUCUCUAUGGGCCCAAACUUUAUCGUAUUCCUGGGCCAGAAGUACGGGUACCGGCCUAUCCCCGCCGAGAUCUUGGCCUCGGAGUUCGAGAUGUUGCGAGACUGCACCAGGCAGAGUCCCGAGGAGCUGAAGCUGCUGGAUGACUGGUACAAACGGGACGACAACUUCGUGCCCGCCGUCUACGUACUCCAGCCCAUCAGCUCCAUAUUCACCAACUUCAACAACAAGCGUCAUCAACGUCUGAUGGAGAACGACCAGGCGGCCUGGUGGGACACGUUUGGUAAACUGACCAAAAUCGUCCGCAAGGCGGCGCACGUUUUGUUUAUCACCAAGAAGAUUGACAGGGAGCAGAUGCACAACUUUUUCAUGUCAGUGACUGAGCGGGAGGUUGAAAGAGGGAUUCUCAAAGCUAACAGUGUCGAGGACCACUGUUUAGCUUAUAUCCGGGACAUCAGCAAUAUGAACACAACUCUUCUGCGAAUAGCCAGCAAGUUUGUGGACUUCGCGGCCAGAAGCGUAGACAACGAGGCCCAGAAGCUGCUCAAGGUCCUGCGAGAUGAAAGACUGCCCAGAAAGAUUCCAGCGUCCAACGUGGCCAGGUUUACGGUAGACUGGAGCGGCAAGGAGGGGAUAGAUGAGGAGACACAUAAGGAUUACUUUGAGAAGUUCUGUGAGCACUUCUACAUCCACGUGAUCCGGUUGGUGGACAACGCCAUGAGCAAACACGAGCGGCUGGCCAAUGACCCCGUCUAUCUGGAACCGUUGCAGCACCUGCAUGCCUGCAAGAGGUACUGCAAGGCUUUCCAGGGGAGAGAAGAGGUUAUUCGCAGAAUUCACGAGUAUGUUGUGGGCGACAGUAACCUCCCUUUGGUUCUGUUUGGCGAGAGCGGCUGUGGGAAAACCUCCAUAAUGGCCAAAGCUGCCAACCAGGUUGUUGGGCAGUGGUUCUCAAAACCUGUCGUGAUGGUGCUCAGAUUCCUCGGCACCACCCCGGGGAGCUCCACCAUCAUGCCGCUGUUGACGUCAUACUGCCAGCAGCUGAGCGUCAUGUACAACCAGCCGGCAGACGACAUCCCCAACGAACUGGCGCCCCUGCAGCAGUACUUCAAGAAACUCAUCACCCUCGCCACGCCCGACCAGCCGCUGGUUCUCUUCUUCGACUCGUUGGAUCAGAUUUCCGGUUCUGACGGCGCCCACAACCUGACGUGGAUGCCAAUCAUGCUACCGCCGCAUGUGAAAGUUAUCAUAUCCGUGCUGCCCAACUACUACGGUCUGCUGGAUCUGCUUCGUACGAUGAUCGACAACGAGGAGAGUUUUAUCGAAGUUCUUCCCCUAGGCGAGAACUUAAGCAGCACGAUCAUACAAGCCUGGCUAACCAACGCCAACAAAACUGUCACACCGGAGCAGUGGACGCUGGUCAACGAGGCCAUCACAAAGUGUAAUUUACCGCUUUUUGUCAAGCUGACUUUUGACGAGAUUUGCAGGUGGAGAUCGUACUUUAAGCCGAGUCUGACGCUUUUAGCCUUCACCAUACACGACUGUAUAAUGCUGUUGUUCGAACGCAUUGAACUACAGCACGGGAAGACGCUAGUAUCGCACGCUCUAGGAUACAUCUCGGCUUCUAAAAGUGGCAUUUCAGAACCGGAACUUGAAGAUUUGAUAUCCUUAGAUGACAAAGUACUAAAUGACAUUUAUCAGUACCACUUACCACCUGUUCGAAGAAUCCCACCUCUGCUUUGGACCAGGAUAAGAAAUGAUUUACCUGGGUAUUUAAGUGAACGUGAAGCAGACGGUGUCAGUGUUAUUGGCUGGUACCAUAGACAGUUCAUAGACGCCGCCAAGGAACGGUAUUUUAAAAAUCUGAAUUUCGUCAGCACCAUCCACUCCAACACGGCGGAAUAUUUCCUGGGCACCUACGGCGGAGGGAUACCAAAACCUUUUGAGUACUCAGACCUACAGAGGCAGCGGUUUCACCUGGAUGAUAAGCAGAGUGCAGCCGAUAGGAAAGUGCCUCCUCAGCCGUUAGAGUUUAUGGACGAAAAGGGCAAGGUCAUCCGCUACAACUUACGCAAGCUCAGCGAAAUGCCCUACCACCUGAUCCGCUCCCAUAGGUACGAGGACCUGUACGAGAAGGUCAUCUUCAACUACAACUGGCUUCACGCCAAGCUGGCCUCGAUGCCGCUACAGUCCGUGCUGGCUGACUUCGAGGAUCUGCUCAACCACGUCUACGACAAGGACGUCCGUCUCAUCGCCGACGCCAUCCGUCUUUCAAGCUCCAUUCUUAGCCACUACCCGGACAUGCUCGGGCCCCAGAUUACCGGCCGACUUUUGCCGUACUACCGGCUCAAUCCGAAAAUCCGAGGCCUCAUCCAGCAAUGUGACUCGGAUGGAUUGCGUCACUGUGCUCUGGUCUCCGCCUAUCACUGUCUACACACCCCCAGCGGGCCUCUUCAAUAUUCUCUAGAAGGACAUCAAUUUGCACCGUUUGGUAUCGGCACUCCUACAGAUGGCAAGUAUUUGGUUUCCGUCUCCAACAAGAUCAUAAUGUGGGACCUCACGACGGGCGAGGUGUCUAGAAACAUUAGCCCGGGUAUAGAGGGCAUCAUGCAGAACUUAAACAUCUCCCCCAACGGGAAAUAUUCGGUGAGCUACACCAACAACAACCAGUUGAUCGUCUGCUCCCUCAACACAGGCGAGUACCACAUCAUCACGCCGGUGGUACCACUGAAGAACGAGGCCAUCCGGGGAACUAGCGUGUCCAACACACACGUCGCUAUGUGGACCGACACAUCAUGGCUGCUCUACACAAUCGACGGUGUGUUUGUUGGUGAGUACAAAUCCGAGCUCAGAAUGCCGGUGCUGCAUGUUGAUCUGGACAACACACCAGACGGCACGAACCAGAUUAUUGUGAAAAGUGGCACAGAAGACGAUACCGAAAUGGCGCUUGAAGCCCAUGAUUUGUCUAUAGAAGCUUUUGAGUUCCAUAGUGCUAUAGCCAUCAACAAAGCUAAGACAAAGCUGUACACUUGCAUUGAGAUAAGUGAUAACGCUGUAGUGGCGUACAACAGAGAAGACGGUGCUUGGAAAUACGACAGGACCAUAGGCGAGAACUCCGAGUCCAUUUUCUCUUUCAGUCUGUCCGAUGACGAGACCUAUCUGAUAGGCACGACAGCCCAGGGGUACAAGCUGUACGACCUGAAGACUGACCAGCUCCGGGAGCUGAGUCUACCGCACGGUAUCAGGAACAUCCCGACCAAGAACCAGCUGACCAGCUUGGUCGUCUUCACAAAAAACAACCAGUUUGUCGUGGCUGGGGUGAGGAAGAACUUGUACGUCUGGGACGUCAAGCAGGGCACUAUGGUCAAGGUGCUGGACGCUCACUUUGGACGAAUCUGUGCGUUAGUUUCCGUCACCAUCGGCAGAAACACCGUCAUCUCCUCGUCUAUGGAUAAAACAAUCAAAGUCUGGAACUUUGAUAAAAUUCUGGAGGACGUUCACCCUAUAGACAGGCUGGAGCGUCCUAUCGAGACGAUCGCCUUGGCUAGCGAGUCCCCGUUGUGUGCGACUACGACAAGAAACACCGUGGCCAUCUGGAACUUGGAGACGGGCCGUCUUGUGAAGACAUUUGUAGGCAACGCUAGAAGCGCCAUCGUUUCUCAUGCAGUCAUCACAUCUAAAGGAGAUUUCGUUGUCAGUGCUGAGUCCCCCAAACUGCUAAUAUGGGAUCUAUCCAAGGAUACGCCUCUGGUUGAAGUGUCUCUAGGGGACAUUCAACAAGUCUUGUUGUGUGAGGAAGAAACAAAAGUCAUCGCCGUAGCCAAACUCCCUGGGGGGAAGGGAGUUUGCGCGUGUUUAACUGUUCCUGGGGGUGUGGAAGUGUACAAUUUUGACUACACCUUCAAGGUGUAUCGCAACCCGGUGGUGACCAAAGACGGGAUUUACCUGGCGGUGCCGGGUGUUGACAAGAGCGGGGACGUGAUUGGGGUGUACCACGGCAAGACAGGCGCCAGGCUGUACAAUCUACAGCUCAAGUACCAGAGCUACAUCGACUACAGCCACAUCGUCGCCAUGCCCCAUGAUUCCAGUCUCAUCGCGGUUAUUGACCCCGAUAAGGGCAACAUCCUGGAUCUAAAGAAAAAAGCACUAGUGAGGUCAGUACCGAGGUGGAACGGUCACUCUAUGCAGGACGGGAAGAUAGGGAUGUACGCGCCAGCCCGGGGUGGGUUGGAGUUGAUCAACCUGAAGAGCAACAAAACAACGAAGGUUUUGAUCCCCAGGGUGGCGGAGGGCGUGUUCCAGGUGACCGUGUUCUUCACACAGAGCGACAAACACGUCGUCUACUACCACUCCCGCCACCGGACUGUCCGGCUUUUCCGGGUAUCGGACGGCAAGAUGAUCGCCAAUUAUAAAACCAGUGCGGAGGUCAAGGCUAUCGUAGGCAACGACCAAGGCACGUGCAUUGUCAUCGGCUGCCUGGACGGAAGUUUGACCACUCUGGCAAUAGCUGACCCUGAAGACGAGAGCUGCCAGGAGAUGCUAGAGGCACUACCCAGCAGGAACCUGACCAGGGGUGUGACGUCAAAGGACCAAGGGGACGCUGGGGGGGAGGCACUCAGUACCAAGAACCCCGCGGGGACGGCGCUCCAAGUGGCAAGGUUUGUCUCUAAAGCACAAGGGAAUCAGAAGUCAAAAGCGUGUACUAUUUGUUGAGUCGCGCGUCUAGCUUGUCAUGAAUGGAAUAAAUAAUUACUGUUAGGUUUACUUAUGAUCUAGCCUUGAUACUAUUGAAUUAUUUUGCUUGUUAUGACCGAAAACACAAUAGCAUGACUUUACAUAAUUACGUUACGUUCUUUUCUAAUCUAGACCCUUUGACAGCUGUUUUGAAUUACUUUAUUAUGACCAAAAACAUAAUUGUAUUACUUUACAUUAUGUUGUAAUCUAGACACUGACGUUUGUUUUGAAAGAUUUUGUUUGUUAUACACCGCGUGUUGUCAAAUUUUAUUUAUUAUUUUAAUUUGAAUUUUUCUGUUGAAACAAUUUUCUUUUCAUUUUGACAACAGACGGGCGUCGCGUCCUUGACAUUUACCGCGGGUCACGUGAUGAGGUGGGCCUUGCAUCUGCCAGAGACGGUUAAUGUUCGAGAGACUUUGUUUCCUUGUCUCAGCCAUGUUCUAGAAUUGUGGGCGUGGCCUUGUCUGGCGCAUCUUGGGACGAUUUGGGCUACAUCUAAAGAUGUACUUUAAAGAUAUUACUGCUUCAAUUUUGGCCUUGUUU